UCACAGCGAGCGACUUACGCAAAUUCCGGAAGUAUCUAUAUAUUUUUUUUACCUUUAUUUAACUUGGCAUGUCAGCCAAUAUGAAGACUUCUUUGCCCUUCUGGUUGUGUACAAUGUCAAUGUCAAUCAUCGGAAUAUCAUCAACAUCUAGUGAUACACUUGUUCAACCCAUUGUGGCCUUAGUUGGUGAUGACGUCAUCCUGCCUUGCACCCUGAGACACACCGUCAGUGCUGUGCAUCAGUCAGUAGAGUGGCAGAGACCGGACCUAAAACCAAAAGAGGUCCAUCUUUACAGAGAUGAGAAGGACGAUCUUGUGCUCCAGAAUCCAGUCUUCAAGGGAAGGACGUCACUGUUUAAAGAAGAACUAGAGAACGGCAACACUAGUUUAAAGUUGACCAGAGUGAAACUAUCUGAUGCUGGAAACUACACCUGUUACAUUCCACUGCUGGACCACCAGAAAACCAUCAUUCAACUCCUUGUUGGUGAGUCAACACACCUGCUGACCACCCAAACCCCCUUGAGAGACAGAUCUCAUGAAAUCAAGGGUGCUGUGUCCAGACCAGUUAUCAUCAUUGAGGGAAUGGAAGGUGAUGAGGUGGUCCUGCGGUGUGAGGCUGAAGGCUGCUACCCAGAACCUGUCAUGGAGUGGUGUGACGCUCAGGGACGUGUCCUUCCUGCUGCUGGACCUACAGAGACGUCCAGAGACCGUGAAGGCUGCUACACUGUGACAAGCCAUGUCACCGUCCCGAACUCUGACAACAACACCUUCACCUGUCGGGUUCAACAGUUGGAGAUCAAACACAUGAAGGAGAGACAGGUUCAUGUUCCAGAUCAAAUGUUUCCUAAGACGUGUCAUUCCUGCUGGCUGACAGUUCUUGUAGCAGUUCUUGUUGAAGCUGUAGCUGGAGGUCUCUACCUGUUGACAAAAAAAGGGAUAUUGACCUUCAGAAAGGAAGCGUGGACGUCAGUAAUGAAGAACAAGGAGACGACGAAGAAUGAGGAAGAUGAGGCCAGUGAAUCCCAGUCUGUCAUCGGUUUAAAUGUGAAAUGAUCUAUGAUAAUAGUAUGAUGUGCCAUUUAACAGACAUGUUUGGAUGGUCCCAGGAAUCAAACCCACUAUCCUGGAGUUACAAGAACCUUAACUAUGACUACAUAGGAAUAUGCAUGGUUAUGUUUACAUUUGAGGCAUUUAGGAGACGCUCUUAUCCAGAGCAACUUACAGGAACAAUUCGGGUACAUUGGCAUACUUUUCAUCUUGUGGUUCAGGGAUUUGAACCAGCGACAUUGGUUACCGGCCCCACGCUCUUAACCACUAGUCUACCUGCCACUCCAUAUAUGGCACUGUGUCAGAAGCAUUAGUUUUUUAUAUCAGACUUCUUUGGUGUAGUUUAUGUUGUCUGUAAUAGGUGCGGAUUUAUUUGACAGGGACAAUGCAUAUAGUGAAAGGACCAGCUAUUGCAUACAGAAGCAAUCAAUGCCUGGCUGAGUUGGUGAGAGACUUCUGUGAUGCCGGGGUCACGACAGAGGUCACACGUAGGGAGUUGCAGAAGGGACGGUCUUAUCAGGCUCUUCUAAGGUACUAAGAUUUGUCUCUGGGGUCAUAAUGACCUUUAACUGUGCCAGUAAUCUGGAGGAGGAGUUGGUGAGGGUUACAGUGUUUCUCAAUCUUGCUCCUGGAGACCUCAAGGGGUACAUGGUUUUGUUUUGGGAAACAAUGGCAUGGUAUCAUACACAUCACUCAUAUGGAAACCACAUGUUUGACUCCAUUCCAGUGAUUCCGUUCCAGCCAUUACAAUGUUACAAUGAGCCUGUCCUCCUAUAUCUCCUCCCACCAGCCUCCACUGACUGGGUUAGAGAGUAAUGAUUGUUAACUUCUCGGAGGGGACCAUCACAGGAGACGUGAGGGCGAUGUGUCUGUAGUGUUUGAGUUCCCAUGAAAAGAUGGGGGAAACGCUCUCUAGAGUUUCUCGUCACUGCAACGGAUUUCCGAAGAUGUCGUUUUGAAAAUCAACAGGUGGUGGGGGGGGGGACGGGACUCUGAUAGAGGUGCUGGUUUAGAUACAGGGCCUUCGGAAGGUAUUCACACCCCUUUUCCACAUUCUGUUACUUUACAGACUCAUUCUAAAAAUGGAUUAAAUAAAAUCGUCAAUCUAGACACAAUACCCCAUGAUGACAUCACAAUACCCCAUAAUGACAUCACAAUACCCCAUAAUGACAUCACAAUACCCCAUAAUGACAUCACAAUACCCCAUAAUGACAAAACAGGUAUAUAGAAUCUUUAGCAAAUUGAUUAAAAAUAAAAGCUGAAAUAACUUAUUUACAGAGCCAGGUAAAGGGUACCAAAGAAUGCACAAAAAAACCAACGAUUUAAUCCAUUUAAGAAUAAGGUUGUAAAUGUAAAAAAAUGUGGGAAAAGUCAAGGGGUCUAAACAUUUUCUGAAUGCAGCUGGGGGAUUCGAUCCAGCAACCUUUCGUUUACUGGCCCAACGCUUUUCUCUAGGCUACCUGCCGCCCCAUGGCUCUAUGUAGUAAGGUGUUGGCAAUGGUCUUAUAUGAUAAACUUAGCACACAAUAUAUACAGCUAGCAAAAGUAAUAACUUAGCACGCUAGGAUAGCAGGCUGAAUAUAUAUUAAUGAAUGUGAACUCAGCAACCGUAAUUCCAGAACAGUCCCACUGUUGUAAGCUCUUUUUUUCUAAAUCAGCCUUUGGAUUCCUUGCACCUUGCGUUUGGAAGGAUCUACAAUGCACUUAAAUGGGAGGAAUUGGUGUCUCUGGGGCAUUUGACAGUUGUUAGGUGACCUUUUUAUUGAAGAAUGUCUUUUUUUUGUGAUCGUGUUUUACUUUUCAUGUAUUUUAAGGCCAAUAUCAAAGCUGUCACCCCUGGUGAACAGCUAAAAGAGUUUUUAUUUACUAACUCUAUUUUAUCAAUGUACCAAUCAGGCUUCAGGAACAAGCAUAGCACAAUUACAGCAACCAUGAAGGAUUUAAAUGAUAUCACUGAAGCCAUUGACAAAAAACAGCACUGUGUCUCACUUUUUAUUGAUCUCUCGAAGGCUUUCGAUACAGUUGAUCAUGCUAUACUAAGGGAGAGAUUGUCGAGUGUAGGUCUUUUGGGGGAGCAUGCUCAGUGCACUCAAUUUGAUAGGCUUAUGUCUGUUAAAUUGUCUGUCUUGAAUGGUGUGCCCCAAGGCUCUGUACUUGGUCCUCUCUAAUUCACUAUUUAUAUAAAUGAUGUAGACAAAUGUCCAAUGCACAACUUUAUUUAUAUGCUGAUGAUACUGUUAUUUACUGUUGUGCCUCGUCUCUUACAAAAGCUUUCCAGAACAUGCAAACUGCUUUUCAUACUGUUCAACAUACCUUGUGUCAAUUGAAGCUGACUAAACUAAUGGUGUUUUCUAAAGCAAGAAAUAGACCUCUGAACCUUUCACCUAUUACUACCUGUCAGAGCAAGGAGAAUGAGGUUGUAACCUCAUAUAAAUAUCUUGGAAUUUUAAUUGAUGACGGCCUCUCUUUUAAAUUGCAUUUUCAACAACUUACAAAAUAAUUUAAGCUGAAAUUGGGAUUUUAUUUGAGGAAUAAGGCCUGUUUUUCUUUUGAAGCCAGAAGGAGGCAAGUAUCAGCUACAUUUAUGCCUUUACUAGACUUUGGGGAUAUUUUAUAUAUGAAUGCUUCCACUCAGUGUUUGAGAUCAAUUGAUACUCUUUACCAUGGCACUUUGAGAUUUAUUUUAAACUGCAAACCCUUACGCACCACCACUGCACUUUGUAUACCAGGGUUGGCUGUCCUUCUCUAGUCACUCGUAGGCUCAGUCACUGGUAUACUUUUAUUUACAAAGCUAUUUUGGGUUUACUACCUUUUUAUUUGGGCAUUUUUAUUGUUCAGAAAUAUAGUGGGUCGUCUCUUCGUUCGCUGGACUUUAUCCUGCUAACUGUUCCAAAUGUCCCAACUGAAUUUGGUAAAAGGUCUUUUAUGUAUUCUGCACCAUCGGCUUGGAACACCUUACAAAAUACUUAUAAACUGGAAGAACUUGACCUGAUUGGUGUUUUUAAAUCACUGAUGAAGGACUGAGGCUGAUUCCCUGACCUGUCAAUGUUUUUAUUUAGCUGUUUUAUACUCUUGUGAAUUCAAUGGUUUUUACUAGAUUACUUGUAGUUUUUCAUCUUGUCUGUCUGUAGUUUCUUUUGUAAUGACUUGGUGCUGCCUAUCUUGGCCAGGAAUUUUAAUCUCAAUGAGCCCUUCCUGGUUGAAUAAAUAAAAUGUGUAGUGUAUUGUGGUGAUAUACAGGGCUCACCUGGAAAUGAGACCUGUCUCAGCAUUAACUUCCUGUCAAAAUACAAAAAUGUGAAAAAUGUU